CGAAACCUCGUCAUUUCUCAUUUUGUGUUGCGCUCUGAAACUAAAAGAUAAUUGUAUGGGAUGCAGUGACGAUGGGUGUCAGUGAGUGGAAUGAGCUGAUGGAGGAUGUCAAGCAACGUGGGAUUAUUGAGCAUCUUCAGAUGGGAACUGAAAUGAUGGUGUAUCAGCAGAAGACUGAGAGACUCACUGUUCAGGUCAUUAUGGAGACCAUGCAAGUGGCUUUAAUGCGCUCAGGUGACAGGAUAGUCAAAGUGGUGGACAUUUCUGAGCUCAAGGAGGUUCGCCAGUGGAAGACAUUCAAGGAUUUCCAGCGAUUUAAUGAAAGCAGGGGGAGUAAAUUUCGAAGAAUCUUUUGCCAAUCUGAAAAAGACGUUCAACAGGACAGGAAAACCUGUUUCACCAUCUUCUAUGGAUCUGAUUUUACUUUAAAGUCAUUGAGUCUAAAUGCUCAUUCAGUGGAGGAUGCAGAAAAAUGGCUGACAGGACUGGAGUUACUCAGACAGACACUGGCACCUCACACACCAGUUAUUAUAGAGAGUUGGCUGAGGAAACAGAUGUAUUCGGUUGAUCUGACAAAGAAAAACAGCAUCACCCUAAAAGAGCUCAAGUCGCUUUUGCCACAAAUGAACUUCAAUGUGCCAAGUGGACGUUUUUUGGAGGACAGAUUUAUGGAGGUUGGAGCAAAUGAUUAUGUCCUCAAUUUUCUACAGUUUCACAAAUUAUACAAUAUUUUAAUAUUUGAAAACCAAAAGUUGCUGAUGGAGGAGUUUGAAAAAGGGCCUGCACCUUUCAUAAUGAGUAAUACUGAUAGACCUGACUCUUCUGUAGUUGCCCUCAACGAUUUUCAAAACUUUCUUUUAUAUCGACAGAAGGAGCCCUGGGCCAAAGAUUUAAUUAAGGUACAAAAUUUAAUGGCCAUCUUCAUCAAUGACGCCACAAGGAGGACAGAAGAUCUAGCCUUGACUGUUGGAGAGUUCCUCAGUUUUCUCUUCUCCAAAGAAAACCAAAUUUGGGAUGAAAAGUUUUCCGAGAUUUGCCCACUGGACAUGAACAAUCCACUGUCUCACUACUGGAUCAACUCUUCUCACAACACAUAUCUGACUGGAGAUCAGCUGCGUAGUGAGUCUUCAACAGAAGCGUAUGUGCGCUGUCUGAGACUGGGCUGUCGCUGUAUUGAGUUGGACUGCUGGAAUGGUCCAAACGAACCUGUUAUAUACCAUGGUCGAACCAUGACCUCCAAGAUAAAGUUUAAGGAUGUGGUGAAGGCCAUCAACGAUCAUGCAUUUACAACAUCGCAGUAUCCUGUGGUGUUGUCUAUAGAAGAACACUGUGAUAUCAAGCAACAGAAAAUGAUGGCUCAGAUAUUACAAGAUGUUUUCCAGGACAAGCUCCUGACUGAACCUCUGGAUUCAGAAGCAGAACAUCUACCUUCCCCAAACCAACUGGAGGGCAAGAUCAUCAUCAAGCACCAGAAAAUAAAAGAGAAUGACCACACCAUUAAGCCAGAGGAAGAAAAGGGAAACACUGCUGUGAAAUGUAAAUUAGACAGCUUCAGGAAAAUUGGAAACACUUACAGGGAGAAGAUAAGAAAAUCAAAAGAAAACAGUGUAGUGGAGAAGGAAGGAGAGCUUUCCAUGUGGGAUCCAAUAGAUAAGAGGUUUUACAAGCAUGACUGUGUGAUCUCAGAUAAUAAGCUGUACUAUUCUGAAGAGAAGGGGGAGGAACGCAGUACACUGACUGAGGACAGCUCAGAGCUUCACCUGUCAGCGCCCUGGUUUCAUGGACGUUUGGCCGAGGGCAGAAUAGCCGCUGAAAAACUCCUGCGUCAUUACUGCAAAGGGACGGAUGGAAAUGAUGAAACCUUCCUGGUGAGGGAGAGUGACCACUUCAUCAGAAACUACAUUAUCUCCAUCUGGACACGUGGGAGAAUUCAGCACUACAGAAUCUUCUGUUCCUCAGAAAAUGGUCGCACAUUCUUUUUCUUGACAAUCAAAGAGUGCUUUCCUAGUAUGUGUGCCUUGAUCGAUUAUUACAGACAGCAUUGGAUCAACUAUGACAGAUUCAACUUGUGCCUCAAGAAUUUCUUGCCGCGGCUCAAUUUCGAGCCUCUCCACCACAUGGGGUGGUUUUACAGUAACAUGAGUCGAGCUGAAGCUGAAGACUGUCUUUUGAGGAUCCCUCGAGAUGGAGCGUUCCUCAUCAGACAGAGAAAAGAGCCUGACACCUUCGCCCUUUCCAUCAGAUUUGAAGGUGACAUCGAGCAUUACAAGAUUUGCCGAAACAGCAGUAAAUAUGUGUUGGCAGAUGCCUAUGAGUUCUUUGGUCUUGAGGAUAUGGUCAGCUGUUUUAGAAAUCAGCUUUUCUACGGCAAGACAAAACUACGCUACCCGGUAACGCCACAGUUAGUGGAUCGCUUCUGUAUGGAGGAUCUCUCAACAAAUGAUAGUGAGCAGUACAGUGAGGUUAGUGAAGAUAAUCCAUUAGGUGACCAAUGUAAAGGUGUGGUGGACAUAUCGAAAUGUAAUGCUGCACGCAAAGCCAAAUUUGGCAGACCCCUCGUAGUGACCCUGUUGAAUAAGGAGAACCAAAAGCUAACCGAGUUCACAUGUGAGAUCAUGGAGCAGUUGGAUGAAUGGUACCUGGUCAUUCUGAACAUCAUCCAAAGAGAACAAAGUUUGGAGAAAGCGAGAAAAGCAGAAGUGGAGUCCAAAACCAAAAUAGCCGUUGAGAUGUCAAACAUGGUGGUUUACUGCCAAUCUAUCAAAAAAAAGACCUUCGAAAAUUACAACUACAAAGAGGUCCGCUCGCUUCCAGAUAACAUGAUUCCAAAAGAGGGGAAUGAAAGCGGCGUGGAGAAAUCAGACUGCAUUGCAGAGUACAACCGCACAGCACUGACCCGCGUUUAUCCCUGUGGUGGCAAAGUUGAUUCCUCCAACUUUGACCCCUGUCCUGCAUGGAAAUUAGGCUGCCAAAUGGUGGCUCUUAACUUCCAAACGGAUGAUAAGUUCAUGCAGCUGAACAGUGCUCUCUUCAGUCUGAAUGGAGGUGCAGGUUAUGUGCUUAAACCAGAGUGGAUGCGAGAUCCAACCAAGAGGAAGCCUGCAAAACAAAGCAUCAGAAUCAGAGUUUUAGCAGCCAGACAUCUGCCCAACCCAGAGUACAUUGUCAGUCCGUUUGUCCAGGUUGAGUUGUGGCCAAAUUCAGGUCAAGCUGAAGACUACACUUUCAAAACUACCCUCUUUAAGGAUAAUGGACUGAAUCCAGUGUGGUUGGGCCCAAUGAAUCCACCCAAAUCCUUUGAAGUAAAUGAGCCAGACUUGGCCUUCCUGCGCUUUGUGGUUUUUGAGGAGGAUAUGUUCUCUGAUGCCAAGUUUCUUGCACAGGCCACUUCUCCUUUUAGAUGUAUUCGCUCAGGUUAUAGGUCUGUCCCACUGAAGAACAGAUUUAGUGAAAAUCUGGAGCUUGCGUCUCUUCUGGUGCAUGUACAGCAAUAUGAGGAACUUUGAUGUGGAGGCUGAAGAAUGAGGAGAGCUAUCCUGCUGAAGAAUUUGCCCUCUCCUGUGGUUUGUAAUGUAAUGGGCAGCACAAACAUCUUGACACCUCAGGCUGUUGAUGUUGCCAUCCACUCUGCAGAUCUCUCGCACACCCCCAUACUGAAUGUAACCCCAAACCAUGAUUUUUCCUUCACCAAACUUGACUGAUUUCUGUGAGAAUCUUGGGUCCAUGCGGGUUCCAGUAGGUCUUCUGCAGUAUUUGUGAUGAUUGGAAUGCAGCUCAACAGAUGAUUCAUCAGAAAAAUCUACCUUCUGACAUAAUAAAAUAAUAAAUUCUUCUACUUAAGAACAUGUUAAA